CUGGUGUAGGUCACGUGCUCACAACUUUGCGGAAUAAGUUAGCAAACAUGGCUGCUGCGUCGUCGUGCGGAAGGCUACGGCUAAUGUUUUUUACUCUUCAUUUCUUCGCGGUUAUCGGAACGGGGAGCACAGUCGCUCAAGUACCGCUUUUAAUAUGGUCCAAUGAGGGUUUGCCAGGUUUGGCCCCGUCUCCAGCAGGCCACGUCACAUCCAACGAGCAGCUGGCGGCCUACCUCGCCUCUGCCUUUGGCUCUGGUACCCACACUGUGCUGCUGUUCCUGCAGGACCAGCUGAGCAAAGAUGACUUCACUGUCUUUGCUGGAGUGUUUGGAAACAAGCAGGAUAGUGUCCUUCAGAACCUGGAGGCUGCACUGCAGUCCUCUUCAUCAUCAGUGACACUCCCAGCUUUAGAGUGGUCGCAUUCCACGUCUGUCGCAUCGCUUCUGGAGGACAAGCUCGGCGUCUCACCCGCGCUCGUUGAUGCAGGCACUCUGUCGCAGCUGAACAUCGACGUGUCUGUCAGCAACCUGCUGAUCAUCAGUCUGCCUUAUUGCACAGACCUGCAGAAAUCUUGCCGGGAUGUGCUACGUGACAAUGAUGACAUUAUUGGAAAGGUUUUAACCACAAUGGAGGUCAAAAAUGUGCCUUACACGGCCAUGUACACAGGAGCCAAACCAUCACAAGUGAUUCCCGAGCCAUCCACAAUGAACCAGCAUGGCGGUCGAUUGUUGCUCCAGGCCGUAGAACCUGACGUGAAACCUCCAGUUAUGUUCAACGUGUCAGGUGGCCCUUGCAUCAUGCUCUGGGCUCAGAACCUCAAUGUCAGCUUCUCGGAAACCCCACAGUGGCUUGACCUCGCCACCGAGACCCCCUCGUUGGCCGGAUCUCGGUGUAACGGCACAAACUCGCUGCUUGUGCUAAGCUACCCGUCAGGUGUUACAUUACGCUUUGCCAUGAGUCAGCGCUUCUACCCGGUGUCUGCGAGGAACUGGUUCACACUGGACUCGGUGCAGCUGCAGUCAAACGGCAGCACAGCGUCCUUCAUCGGGAGCCGUGGCAUUUACGCCCCCGCAGAGUAUUCCUUUCACUGCCAGACGGUCAGCAGCUUCCGUGAUGCUCUGCUUGUGCCCACCACCAACAACCAAACCACAACAGACUGGAGGCUCAAUUUCGUAGACUUCCAGAUUCAGGGCUUUGGCUUGGCCAACGGAACAGAUUUCUCAUACGCCAGCGACUGCGCAGGGUUCUUCACGCCGGGAAUUUGGAUGGGGUUGCUAUCAUCGCUUCUCAUGCUGUUGGUCUUUGUGUACGGUCUACACAUGAUCAUGCAGCUCAACACCAUGGACAGGUUUGAUGACCCAAAAGGCCCAUCCAUUUCUGUGCCCCAGUCAGAAUGAGAGGCGUGCACACAUGCAUAAACACUCCACCCAUUUUGGUGUUGGGGAGGGGAGGGGGGGGGGUAUUUGAGCCCUUUUUUUUUCUGCUUCAAGUGAACACUGCCUUAUAAGACACACAUUUUCAUUCCCAAAGUGCCAAAAAGGGUUAAGUCACCCUUGUGUGUCCGUUUGAUGAUGUGUAUGAUAGAGAAUUGUGUGUAUGUUGCUGAUAGAGCUUUUAAUAUUUCCCAACUAAUUUUUAAAUUAUUAGUCAAGUGCCUGUAUAUGAAGUGUCAACUUUAUCCUGAAUCAUUUUUCAAUAUUGGAACCACUGGUCUCUUUGCAUAUUAAUUAAAAAGAAAGCUGAUACCAUGUGUACCAGUUACCUUUUGAAAUAUGCAACAAUUGUGCAUUUAUUAAACUUGAUGUGCUUAUGCCAACUGAUUCCAAAUAAAAUGUGUCAAAUGUCUAA